CAUCAAUUGGCUGCAUAAUCUCACGUUCAUGGAUCUCUUUCUAAACCCCAGAGAAAAGCCAUCGUUGAAGCAAAAACUUCAACUCCAUGGACCUCGUCCUUCUCCUCUUCAGCUCCACAAAAACUCCCACAAGAUCAUCAAGCCUUAUAAUCAACGUAGAUCUCCCAUAAUAAUCCAUGCAGUCUCUCCCAAAAUCAUCCACACCAAUCCAAAAGAGUUCAUGGCUCUCGUUCAGCGUCUCACAGGCUUCCAAGCCUCUGCUGCUAAUAACAAUCCUUCUUCUUCUUCUUCUUCUGCAGACUCUGCUACAGUGGAUCUGAUGCCAAAGAGUUAUGAAGAAGCCUUAGAAUUAUCUUCUCCUAGUCUUUUGUCUCCUUCUGUUUUGGAUAUUUUGAGCUCUAAUCUAUUUCAAGAGAGCAAGGGGUUUGGGGAAGCUGCAUUCUUGGCUAGUCCUGGAAGUUUGUUCUGUUCUUUGUGAAGGGGAUGGGAGAAAGGGGAUGGGAGAAUGGAUUGAUUUAGCAAAGGAUGACUUAUUGUUGUGAUGAGCUUUUGAGAUUUAUGUUAGUGAUAAUGUGUUUUUAAUAUGAAAUGGAUUGUGGAUGCUUUGAUUAAU